AUGAGCACAGCCAUUGCAAUGGCCGCGUCUCCGGCUCCUCACGACAGGCCAAACUACGGCUCCGACGUCUCUGCUAGCACCGCUGCGCCCGCUUCCACAUCGUCGCCCAGCACGCAACGGACGGCCACUGUACCACCACCGCCGCCCCCAUCCUCUUCGAACCCGAAUGCGCCAGCUCCCCGGUCAGGUAGUGGCAGCCCCCGAGCUGUGGGUGCGACACCCGCUGCACACAAGUCCUCUCCACCCAGCACGUAA